UGCACCAGUAAUAUGUCGUGCAUUGUAUCUCCAUUAAAACAAUAAUUUACUAAUAUAUUAUUACCAUGCCCCGGUUUUCUUUUACAACGAAAACCGUCCCAAAGUGUGUCAUGUGUAGUGUUAAUAAAUAAUUGAAUAUAAUAAACUAUUAUCCUGUAGUGUCCUUGUGUGUUGGUGUAGUGUUAAAUUUUUGUUCCUUUUAUUUAAGAAAGAUAUGAGUCGGCUGAAGUGUCCGAUUUAUCCAAGCAGAGUCGAAGGAUGGCUUGAUGUCUUUGAUCCCGAACCUGCAGGCAUUCCAUCAAAACUUCCAAAAAAGCCUCCUUACAAUUGGGAACCUCUGUUUUGUGUCCUGAUUCAAGACGAACAGACUUUUGCUUCAUACUGCAGUGAAGAACUAUCGCUGGGUGCUUUAUUCUUCGGCUCCGAGCUCCCCCGCGUCCGCCUCGACAGCCGCUCGCCCUGCAACCACCAACCAUUCAUCAACGAUGACGUAUCAUCAUCAUCAUCGUCCUCCAACGGUUCAGCAUCGAUUCUCAACUGUCACCGAUUCAUCAUCGGCAAUAACAAAAAUUCAUCAUCAUCAUCAUCCGAUCAUCAACAAGACCGAUUUUGUCUUAGAACAAAACAAGCCACAGUUCGCGAAGAGGACGAAGAAAAUGAUGAUAACGAUGAUUUUACCUUGAUGGCGAUUAUUGAUGAUGAUAAGCAGUGUGGUGAUGAUUAUAGGCGUCAUAAUAAGAUGAUGAAGAAUAGUGAUUUUUCUGAUGAUAGUUCUACUUUGAAAAGUGAUAGGUCGGUGAUGAGAAAUGAAGAUGGUUUCGAUGAUGCAAAUGCGAUGAUGAUGAAAAUCAGACAGCAGCAGCAGGUCGGUGACGCAGAGAUGGCGCCAGGAGAUAGGUGCGUGUCGGAGUGCGUCAGCAUGGGAGCUUCAUCGGAUUAUAAAGGUUAG